GCUGUCCACCCAAUGAUUCAUCACCCACAUCAACUUUGGCUAUUGAUUGUUGGUGCCAUCUUUCAUACCAACAUGUCACAAGUAUUUAUCCACAAAAACGUAUUUAUGUCCCUGACACGCCUUUUUGGAAAGCCGCCGUCAUUGCUAUUUGUUCAAUUACACUCGCACUUUUAACUAUGCGUUUUGGUGUAUAA